GGCGGAGCGGCGGAGCCGCGAGGGGGCGGGGGGGGGGUGGGGGGCGGACAGGGGAGCCCCGGGAGCGCGAGCUGCGGCCGGCGCCGCUGCAGAGCCGAGCGAAUCCCGAGCCCAGGUAGCAGGUACCAUUUUGUAUGUCUUGUAAGAACUCACACUUAGAAAUGCUGACGGCAGGCUUCAAGACGGCUGAGCCCCAGUAGACACCAAGAAAACCCAUGGCUCUGGUUGCAUCUUUCAACAUGACCAAUCCACAGCCUGCCAUAGAAGGAGGAAUUUCUGAAGUUGAGAUCAUCUCCCAGCAAGUAGACGAAGAAACCAAGAGCAUUGCUCCCGUGCAGCUGGUGAACUUUGCCUAUCGUGACCUGCCCCUGGCUGCGGUCGACCUCUCCACGGCGGGCUCGCAACUCCUGUCAAAUCUGGACGAAGAUUACCAAAGAGAAGGGUCUACCUGGCUGAAGCCGUGCUGUGGGAAGAGAGCAGCCGUGUGGCAGGUAUUUUUGCUCAGUGCGAGUCUCAACAGUUUCCUGGUAGCCUGUGUAAUAUUGGUGGUGAUUCUCCUGACUCUGGAACUUCUAAUAGAUAUAAAGCUUCUCCAGUGUCUCUUGGUGUUCGUUCUGGUCUUGUGUUUAUGGGAGCCUGAUGCACGUGGCAGUCGAUGGCUUGUCCCGCUACCUCUUCUGUCCUUCUGGAUGUCCUGUGUUUCCAGCGCAUUCCAGUUUGCCGGCAUAAUUCACUGGAUCAGUCUGGUCAUUCUUUCUGUGUUCUUCUCAGAGACUGUUCUGCGGAUUGUGGUCCUUGGGAUCUGGGAUUAUAUUGAAAACAAGAUAGAGGUGUUUGACGGGGCUGUGAUCAUCCUGUCCUUGGCCCCGAUGGUGGCGUCCACCGUGGCCAAUGGGCCCAGGAGCCCCUGGGAUGCCAUCAGCCUCAUUAUCAUGCUCCGGAUCUGGCGGGUGAAGAGGGUCAUUGAUGCUUAUGUCCUGCCGGUGAAGGUGGAGAUGGAGAUGGUCAUCCAGCAGUACGAGAAGGCCAAGGUCAUCCAAGAUGAGCAGCUGGAGAGACUGACGCAGAUCUGUCAGGAGCAAGGGUUUGAGAUCCGGCAGCUGCGGGCGCACCUGGCGCAGCAGGACCUGGACCUGGCUGCGGAGCGCGAGGCGGCGCUGCAGGCCCCUCACGUGCUCAGCCAGCCGCGCAGCCGCUACAAGGUGGUGGAGGCCGGCACGUGGGCCGAGGAGACGGCCGCCGAGAGCGUCAUGGAGGAGCUGCAGCCCUCGCCAGGUGCUGCCGUGAGAGACGACAUGAACAGCUAUGUCAGCCAAUACUACAACGGGCCCAGCAGUGACAGUGGUGCCCCAGAGCCAGCCUUGUGCGUAGUCACCACAGCCGCAGUCGACAUCCACCGGCCCGACCUCUCCUCGGACCUCUGCUCAGUCGACGUGGCCCUGAAGCCCAGCAGCAGUGGCACCUGUGCCAGUGCCAUGUCCGAGAGCGCCUCCCGCUCGACUCACAGCUCUGUCACCCGGGCCCAGAGUGACAGCAGCCAGACGCUGGGCUCCUCUACAGACUGCAGUACCGCCCGCGAGGAGCCGCCCUCAGAGCCCGGCCCCUCUCCUCGGCCACUGCCACCACCACCCCGGCAGCAGAUGGCAGAGGCCGCAGUCCAGGACCUGCUGUCCUCCCUAUCGGAGGACCCCUGCCUGUCCCAGGGGGCCUUGGACCCAGCCCCUCCCACCUGGCCCAGCCCCGUGGGCUCGGCCCAAAGCAGCCCUGAGCUGGAGCCCAGGGUAAGUCUUUUCAACCAGAAGAAUCAGGAGGGCUUCACAGUCUUUCAGAUCAAGCCUGUCAUCCACUUCCAGCCUGCUGCACCCAUGCUGGAGGAGAAGUUCAGAUCUUUGGAAUCCAAAGAGCAAAAGUUGCACAGGGUCCCUGAAGCCUAGAGCCUCCAGCUGGGCUGGGUGGGAGGAGGGCCGAGAGCUGUCUGGAUGCUCUCCGAGGGCCCCGGAGGCCGCCAGGGGCCACACGCAGGGCCUCCCCCAGGGUGCUGCCUGCCUCCAGGGAGGUGUCACGGGGCCAAGAGGCCACAUGCCUCAGACCUCAGAGCCCAGAGCUGGCGUCUCCUCGGGCCCUGCUCAGGGGAGGGUGGUGCUCAUGGCUGGGGUCUUUUUAAACCAUUUUUACAAAAACCAGCCCGUGGCCCAGCUUCAGCAGGGUAGAGCGCAGGGACCAGCCCAGCCUCUUCCGUGGCCUUCGUCCCUGGCGCCCACCCUGGAGCCCUGGGAAGAGCACUGUGAGCAGGGGCUACCUAGCCCCACCCCCAGCCGUCUCAUUUUUUCCCGGAAUCCGGGGUGGAGCCGACACAGUCACACAGACCACCAUCUGAGACCGCCAUCUGAGCCUAUUUCGUUCAUCCUCAUCUCCUUCAGCAUGAGCAUCUCUGAGUCUUUUCCAGACAAAUCUAGUUUUCACCUUCACAGGACAUAAUGGGAUGAAUCUGG